AACGUAAUUUCUGAUCCUCUUAUUCUGGGAACAUGCCCGCUUCAUAAGCGAAGCCGUUUGAACAGGGGCUGUUUAUUAUCAGAGCAGGUAAAUGAGGGAUGUUGCUCUAGGCUGUGAACACGCUGUUAUUUGUACUGGAUGAUAUUGUAAUUCCCAAUCUUGAAGCAAACAGAUGAGAGAGACUAUGAGAAUCAUACACUCUAUGGGCAAUAUCAGCAGUCCUACACGAAAUGGUAUUUCCUGGAAAUGAGACGGAAUUAUGAUCAAAAGAUUGGAAUCUGCAGUGUUGGACCAAUGAAAUUCCACGUGGAUUUUAGGGGAAAAAAUCAUUGGAGGAUAUCUAAAACCUGGAGGUUAAUGGAUAGUUAUUUUGCCUCAGUUUUCACUGCAGAGGGUACCAGAGAGGAAAUAACAUCAGGAAGAAAAACGAGAUAAGUAUUCCAACAGUUAAAAUGGACAGGAAGGAGAAACUAGGCAAACUUGAGGAAGACAGAGCCGGGAUCUGGAUAAAUGGAUUACAACCACAGAUGUUCAAAGAAACUGGGCACAUUCAGGAUCCAGCCAGUCAGCGGCUAACAUGGAGUAAGCCUCCGACGAGUAUCCUAGUCAUUAAAAAGAUUCAAGAUGAUCGUCUCCUUCAACCAUUUAAGGAUCUCUGUAUCUUCCUCAUGGAGGAGAAAGAUAUGAUUGUUUAUGUAGAAAAAAAAGUACUUGAAGACCCCACCAUUGCAAAUGAUGAGAGCUUUGGACCUCUAAAGAAAUUGUGUACUUUUAGAGAAGGCUAUGACGAUUUAUCUGAUCGAAUAGACUUUAUUAUUUGUCUUGGAGGAGACGGCACCUUACUUUACGCAUCAUCCUUAUUCCAGGGUAGUGUACCACCAGUGAUGGCAUUUCACCUCGGAUCUCUGGGUUUCCUGACGCCAUUUAACUUUGAUACCUAUCAGUCACAAGUCACACAAGUAAUUGAAGGGAAUGUUGCCAUUAUCCUGCGAAGCCGCCUCAAGGUCAAAGUGGUGAAGGAAAACUGGGAAAAGAGAGGCUGCCAGGAGCACACUGUGGAGGAGAACAGACUGAUAGUGACCAAGCACGGGGACAAUGAGUUAGGAAAACGAGCAAUGCAGUAUCAGGUCCUGAAUGAGGUUGUGAUUGACCGUGGUCCUUCAUCCUAUCUCUCCAAUGUUGAUUUGUUUCUGAAUGGCCGCCUGAUAACAUCUGUCCAAGGAGAUGGAGUGAUUGUUUCCACACCAACUGGGAGCACGGCGUACGCUGCAGCGGCAGGAGCCUCAAUGAUUCACCCCAACGUUCCCGCCAUAAUGAUCACCCCCAUCUGUCCGCAUUCCUUAUCGUUCCGACCAAUAGUUGUACCGGCAGGAGUGGACCUCCAGAUUAUGCUGUCACCGGAUGCUAGGAACACUGCGUGGAUUUCAUUUGAUGGACGGAAGCGCCAAGAGAUUUGCCAUGGUGACAGCAUCACCAUUACUACCUCCUGCUACCCAGUCCCUUCGAUAUGCUUCAGGGACCCAGUGAAUGAUUGGUUCGAUAGUUUGGCUGAGUGUUUACACUGGAACGUGAGAAAGAAGCAAAGUCACCUAACAGAUGUGGAGGAUUUCUGAGAGUGGUUCGGGAACAGCAUGCCUGUAACAUCCAUCUCCAAUGGAGGUCCUUUCAACCUGCAGCAUUGCAAAGAGCAUUCCUACAUAUCAGAAGAAUCUGUUUUGUCUGCGCUGCUUAAACAGACACACAGGAGCAUCACCCUCUCCAGCCAUUUGGUAAACAGUGAGGUUUUAAUACUUGUUGCAGAUUGGGUAAAGACAGUCACAUGUUUGAAAGUACCAAAUACAGAGAAGAUGGUUCCAGAGAGAGCAUUUCGAUGAUGUUUGCAGCAUUUGAUGCUCUGGCAUCUUAGGAAAUGUCACCCAACUCCUCAUAAAUAUCAUUCAUAUCGAAAGACUUGAGAGAAAUAUUGAAGAAGGAUUCGAGUUGGCUGUUUACUGCUUUCUUCAGUUGUUCUGAAGGAGUGUGGUGUUUGAAAUGCACUAAAAUGUGGAUCUGUUUCUGAACGCUGUGGCCAUGGCACUUAGUCCAAUGUCCCCCUCUCUCCCAGACCGACCGACCGUACCUGGGGACAACCCUGUCAGAUACUCUGUACAAACUCCAUCUCUCUCCUUUCGCUGACCCCGUUUUCUCUUUGUUUAUUUUUCCAGCUGUGCUUUUUUGUUAUAGUUUAAAGUGAUGUUUUUAUAAAGCAAGAAUGAUGAGCCUGUGAUCUGCUAUCAGCACUGGGCUCCAUGGUGUGGGGGAAGGACUUUUACUGAGUCAGCACCUGCUUUGGGUUCAGUUUUACCUGAGAUUCUCAACUUUGUCAAACUCCGAUGUGAGCACAGCAUGUUCAUCGUCUCUUUGUUCUUUUCACUUGAACAUCAGAAGUGCUGAAGUGCAGGGUAUAUUCUUUGAGGCGAGGUGGGGGUGGUGGGCCAUCAGUUAGCUCAGUUGGCUGGACAGCUGGUCUAUGAUGCAGGGUGAUACCAACAGCGUGGGUUCAGUUCCUGAACUGGCUGAGGUUACUAUGAACGACUUUCCCUCUCAACCCCUCCCUGAGGCGUGGUGACCUUCAGGUUAAACCCACCGCCAGUCACCCCUCUAUAAUGAGACAGCAGCCCUAUGAUCCUCUGGGACUACGGUGACUCUAUUCUUUGAGAAUGAAGAGUACCAUGUGAAUAUUUGCUUGAUUAAAACAAAUCUUGUAAAGCUUUGACAAAAGCAGAAAAAAUACAAAAGCAGAGCCGAUCACAUAAGGGUUAAAGGAUAAUUUAUUUCCUCUCCUCCAUUUUCCUUUCAGUAUUUAUUGUUGACAAUCUCUGAUGUUGCUGCUUCCCAAUACCCUGGCUUUUUGUCCCAUGUUGUAGCUGCUGUUGAGGACUGAUUACAUUGUAAGCUGGUCUUGUGUCAAUUAUCAGAUUCUCCUGAGGCUAAGUCAGGGAUAGUAAAUCAGUCAAAUUCUUCACCCCUCCUCUCUGCACCCAGAGGAACACGAUUUUAAAAUUAUUGUGAUUUAUUAAGUGGGAUGUUCUCUGUGGCGUAAAUCUCUUGUGUGUCAUUUAAAGAGGAACAAUGAGCAAGCAUUUUCAGCACUUCAAGGAGAGGUGAAUGUUGCAGCAUUGAGCACGGUGAUAACACGAACCCAGUCAAGCAUCUGACAGACUGAGCCAUCAACACAUCUCGCUGCUGGAACUGUGUGGCAUGUUGCUCACUCAAAGGGUUGAAAAUCCUGCAUGACCUUUGGCUGAUGGGUUCAAUUUGUAUCCGAGUUGGAGCUACGUCCCAAGAAUUGUCUGCCACAGAAAUUCACUAAAAGUAAAGAUUAGUGCUGCAUUUUGCAGUCUGUUGCUGUCAUUGCUAAUGACUUGAGUCUAUUUCUGAAGCCAUUGUUAAAGCUGCUGAAGCUUCCAUUACAGCAGCUGGUUAGCAGUAGUCACCCUUCCUGGGCUGGUUUCCAUUCUGACCUUGUGAGGUGCAGACAUCCAGGUGCCAUCAUUAAGGAUUCUUCUUCCAGUCAACAUCCAAAUGCACAAAAUCUGAUGUAAUUAGGUAACAAAUGAGAAUUUUCAAAACUUUUGGAUUUUAAUAGACCACCAAUCUGUCUGGAAGAGGUUACACUAAAAGUCUGAAACCAACCUAAAUGUAUCCAGCCUAUAUAGGUAGAAUUUUACGGUGCAGUUCUCAGUAAACACACAGUUGUUUGAUCAUUACUGAUCCCGGUUCAGGAUAAGGUGCUGCUUCAAGUCACCACAAUAUCGUCAAUGUAGAGGAAUUGAAGUUUUCAUUCUGAAUCAGACUGGUUCACCUUUUAGAUGAGAUUUCUGAAAACCCAGUUUGGGGGUAUCUAUAUCACUGAUGAUUACAUGUCACUGUGAUCUGGACGGUACAUUGGAAGUCCUGUUGUUUCGAGCAGGUUAGUUGACACUGGAAGUAUAGUUUAGUUUCAUACACACAGGUUUACUGUAUACUCAGUCAGAUGGUUUAGCUGGUAUAGAAAGUUCCAAAGUAAGUUUAUAGUUCUCUCAUACACUCAACCCCUAACAGUUCAGGACAGUAGCUUGCACCUAAUUUAGAAAAGUAAACACAACUUGUCUUGAUAAAUAAGUUUCAUUUUAGUUCAUGUUGCUAAGGCAGCAAAGGUCAUAUUAUUUUGCUGUUAAUUAGAAAGUGUCCCAGCAAAGGCAAUCUAUAAAUGGGCAUGUAAAUGGAAUUUAUUAAUAUAUCAGCUAUUACAUUGGGUCAAUAAAAACCAAAAGAACUGCGGAUGCUGUAAAUCAGGAACUAAACCAAAAGUUGCUAGAAAAGCUCAGCAGGUCUGGCAGCAUCUGUGAAGAGAAAAUCAGGGUUAAUGUUUUGGGUUCAGUGUUCCUUCCUCUGAGCUGUUCUGCAGAAGGGUCACCGGACCCAAAAUGAUUACAGGAUCUCACACUGAGUACCAGCACCAAUCUCGUAACAGGAAGGUUUGCACCUGUACAGAAUCUUUCAUGACUUCAGGAUGUUCUAAAUGAUCUUUACAGCCUGUGAAGUACUUGUGGAGUCACUGCUGUAAUUUACAAAGUCCAUGCCCUUUUAAUGUGGGCGGAUGAUGAUCAACAUUAUUCAGCCAUGUGCACUUUCCAGUGGCAUUCACUGGAUAACUGCUGGGAGCUGGAAUUUAGAUUGUUACACUUUCUUUUUAUCUUUUGCUUUCAGAUACAGAUUCUAGUUACACUGCACAAGAUCAAUUCUAUGUGAUUUAGCAGUGAGUUGGAUUAACUUGCUCUUGGUUUGCAUGGAAAGUAUAUUUCUGACACAUGGCAAACUCGCACUGAGCUGUACACUAAUUUUACAUGUCUGUUUCUGAAAUGAAUAUUGGAGUCAGUUAUUGUAGAAGAAUAUUUUAUACUUCUGCCUUUUUUUAAUAUUUCACAAUUUCAGCAACAGUCUAUCAAUUUACCUCUGGUAUGAAAGAGUGCACUUCAAGAAAAUACCUGUCAAAUAUUUCACUUUUGAAGGAACCUUUUUUCUAAGGUUUUGGAGUAGAUUUGUAGCUCGGGUUGUGGGUGUUGAGAUUGGUUGGCUCACCGAGCUGGUUUGUUGUUCUGCAGACGUUUCGUUACCGUGCUGGGUAACAUCCUCAGUGCAGCCUCUGAUGAAGCGUCGGUGUGUUUUUCUGCCUGGUUUUUAAACUCUGGGGUCCGUUGUGAUGGAUUGCCUCACUUCCGGGUUUCCUCCGUAGUGGAAUGUAUAUGGGGUCGAGUUCAAUGUGUUUAUUAAUAGCGUGCUUCGUGGAGUGCCAUGCUUCCAGGAAUUCUCGUGCCUGUCUCUGCCUAGCCUGUCCCAGGAUCUUGGUGUUGUCCCAGUCGAAAUCGUGGUUCUCCUUGUCCGUGUGCAUUGAGAUGAAUGAGUAUGAGUGUUGUUCUGUGGAACAACAAACCAGCUCGGCGAGCCAACCAUCCUCAAAGGAACCUUUUUUAUUCUACAAAAUAUCCAGUCACAUUGAGAUUCUAAUCUCUCUCACUCACUCACUGAUCAAAGAAAGACCAUACUGGAUCUGCCUAGUUUUUAAAUGAGAAUGAUUUUUUUAUUCUAAAUGUUCAGCUAAAUCACCCAAAUUCUAAUGAAGGAUCAAAUCCAUGUCAUUGAAAUUUGUGUCUCUUUCAGAUAUUUAUCGCUAGCUUUGUAUCUCCAACAGUUUGUAGCUUUCAAGUUUCAUUUCACACACUCUUCCAUAAUUGAUGAACCCAGUCAUAACUGUUUACUCUUAAGUGGGCCCCUACUCCCUGGACAGUGCAAUGUGAACUGCACAGAAGGUGUUUUUCCAGUUAUCAUUCAUUCAUGGGAUGUGGGCAUCACUGGCUAGACUAGCAUUUAUUACCCAUCCUUAACUCUGCCUCCUCCCCCCAAGCACACGCGCACACACAUGGUGAUGAGCUGCUGUUUGAAUUACUGCAGUCCAUCUGGUAUAGGGACACAGCCUUGAUGUGCCAUUAGGGAAGCUGUUCCAGGAUUUUGACCGAGCGACACUAAAGGAAUAGCAUUAAGUCAGGAUGGUGAGUGGCUUGGAGGAGAACUUGCAGGGGGUGGUGUUCCUAUGUACCUGCUGCCCUUGUCCUCCCACACAGGAGAAGUGACAAGUUUGGAGGGUGCUGUCAGAGGAGCCUUGGUAAGUUGCUGCAGUGCAAUUUUGUAGAUAGAAACACACACACUGUGUAAUUUAAAAUGUUGUACAACUUAACUCAUUCAGCUACUUGUCUAUCAGGAUGUGCGUACAUAAUUAACUUUGAUAGAAAUGAGUUCCAGCCAUAAGUUGAGGCUGAUUUGGAGAUCAGUUUGGAGUUGGACAAACCCGUUCUGAGAAAUGGUGCAAAUGCUGGUUUGCAGAGAGCCAUCUUGCCAGGCACUGUUUUAUUGUUGCAAUCAAAGAUUUCCCUUUUAACAAGGAUCACAAGGAAGAUAAAUGCAUCAAUUUCAAUGUUGAUCUUGCUUUGACUUGUUGGUUGUUGGAGGUUGCAAUUUUUUUUUAUUUUGAGAGAAGAUCUGAUUCCUACUGUGGUUUAGGGCAUUGGUAUGAAUUAGCCUAAUCCCUGCAUCACACAUCAUUCAGAAAGGGUCAUCAAAAAGGACGUGUUUAAUGUUGAAACUAUACUGUGGUAGGUUUUGUACCAAGAGCUUGACAAUAAUGGAUCAAAGUGGUUUCUCUGUUUGUGCGCCAGCCAUCUCUGAACGAUAGACCCUCCCAACUCAACGUAGAAUCUGUCUCAUUCCUACAAUGUUGAAUGCACUUUCCUCCCGUUUUAAGCCAUGAAAACAGAGUUAUGUAUGUGUGUGUCUUUGUGUGUACGUGCUAGUAAUCCAUCCAGUCUUGAUAAGGUUGGAAUGUACCUUCACUCUUGCACUUUUGUGGUUUUGCUUGUGGGAUUACAUUCGAAUGUGACUUACAGUGCAUCUUGACUCCUUUUAUAUAUAAAAAAAAUCUUCCAAAGGUUUGCUGGUUGAAUCUUCUUUGAUCGUAUACUAUUGAGUAAUAAUUUAUUGCAAAGAUCUGUAUGUUAUUAAUUGAACUUCUUGGCUGCCUUGAUUGGAAUGUUCAUGUUAAUGUUUCCUGCAUGAACCUCUGAACCUGUAAUAUUUCCUGGGGAACUGUGUGAAGGCCAGCUUUUCCUCUUGUAGAACAAAACCAGAAGUUGCUGGAAAAGCUCAGCAGGUCUGGCAGCAUCUGUGGAGAGAAAUCGGAGUUAGCAUUUCGGGUUUGGUGACCCUUCCUCUGAGCCCUUUCCUCUUCUAGAUUGUUUUUCCCCUCAGUUGUAAAACUAAUCAGUAGAACAGAAUUAAAUCUCCAAAUAAAUUGACUUUUUUUUAAAAUAAAGAAUGUGUUUUCUAAACUCUGGUAAAUCUACACAACAUUUUGUUAAAUUUUUAACCAAUACCACUCACUUUCUUUACAUAAUGUAUGGAAUGCAGUGGACAGUUUACUUGUAAUAAUGAAGUCAGUACAAACCCCUCUCAAUACAUGCGGAAAUUUAACAGCAGCCCUAACAGACUUGGAAAUGUGUUUAAAAUUGUGUAAAAGCUACACACAUUAAACAAACUGCCUCUCAUAAAUAUAUCAUUAACUGUGCAAUUUUAUUACAUCAGAAUUUCUACUUAAAUGUAAAUAUAUCAUUAAAUUUAGAUUGUAAUUUAAAUAUCUUUUACUCUUCAGUUGUUCUUGGACUUCCUUUGAUUUGAGUUUUACAAAUUGUAUCAUAUUUAUAGUGAUUCAAGUUCUUUUUAACAACCAGUUUGAAGAACCACAGUGCUUCUGAAGUUUUCAUUUCCCUGUUUUUAACUGUACUCUAUGCUUAGAUUUUUUUAAAAUCUGAAACACAGUUGUGUCAAGCUGUGCUGAAAAAGUUCACACCCUGAACUAUGAAUUACCAGCAAAUUGAAUGAAUAGUUUCUGAAUUGUAACUGGGAUCAUAAUGUUUUCUGUUUAUACAACUUGAUAUUUGUUGAACAUUAGUAAAGUUGUUAUAUGUAGGAGACUAUUUUUCAAAUCUUUUACUAAAUAAAUUAACCUGUGUUUUAUAUA